UGUAAUCUAACCCAACCUAUACAUUCAUAGUUUACAAUGCAAUUAUAAGAAUUUUUGAAAAAUUAUGUGGGAUCAUUAAGGUGCCCUCAUCAAUCAUCACUGCGUGUACCGGCUAGGUACGGCAUUGGCAGCAAGCUGUGACGUCAGCUGACGCAUGCGCAUAAAGCUCUCGCGUGAGUUAAAAUCUCACGACUGCCCAACACUGCUGUAUAUAUCCUUAUCAAUUCAUAUGAAUGUACAAUAUUGAUGUUGUCGCACGUGUUUUUAGUUUACAUCUAACGUGAAUCAAAAUUGACAAUUAUUUUUCUGUAUCUUUGACCAACUAUAGUCUUAUUUAAUAGAUCUUUGCAUCUAUUCACAUUUAUUAUAUUAAUAUUGACUGAUAUUGAAAAUUUCAUUUAAGCUUUUGUGACAUUAUUGAUCAAUUCUAACCUAACAAUUUGUUUUUAUUUGAUAUUUACAAAUACAGUUGCUAACUAAUGGCUUGUGCGGAUUUCUAAUGUUGAAUAUCUGUUUCUUUUUAAAUAAAAAAUUUAUCAAAUAAAAAUUUGUACAUUCCUUUAUGAUUAAGACUUCUUUCACUCGUUUUAUUUCUCAUUCACGAAAUAUGAGUAUUUUUAUUCAAUGUUUAAAUCCUUUAACCGGUAUUAUUACGUGGGAAGAAAAGGAUGAAAAUUAUGAUUAUCACCAAGAAGUUGCAAGAUCAGCAUUUGCUGAUAUGUUACAUGAUCAUGAAAGAAACCAAAAAUAUUAUGCAGCUCUCAAAACUGCAAUUGAAAGAAAGCAUCAAUCAGGAGAAGAAGCUAACGUGCUUGACAUAGGAACAGGUACUGGUUUAUUAUCAAUGAUGGCUGCUAAAUGCGGAGCAGAUAGUAUAACAGCAUGUGAGGCUUUCACACCAGUGGCUAAAUGUGCAAUAAGAAUAAUACAAGAAAAUGGAUUUGAUGAUAAAAUUAAAUUAAUACAUAAACGUUCGACAAAAAUGACUGUUGGGAAAAAUGGAGAUAUGAUCAAGAGAGCAAAUAUUUUAGUUACUGAAGUAUUUGAUACUGAACUUAUUGGAGAAGGAGCGAUUUCCACAUUUCAUCAUGCGCUUGAAAAUCUUCUUGAAGAAAAUAGUAUAGUGAUACCACAUACUGCUACAAUUUGGGCACAAGUUGUUGAGAGUUCUACUGUAUGUGCAUGGAAUACAGUACAUCCAAUUCAAUAUAAAAAUAAAUGUUUGUUAAAUAUACCGCAAUCUGUCAAAUGUUGUUCAGGAGCAGCUGCAGUACAUGAUAUACAAUUAACCCAAUUUCCUCAUACUGCAUUUAAACCUUUAUUACCAGCCCAACCUAUAUUUAGAUUUAAUUUCUCUGGUAAAACACCUUUACUUUAUGAUGAUAAAGUAUGCUUGCAUGUGAAACCAAUUGCAAAUGGUACAGCACAUGCAAUUUUUAUGUGGUGGGAUUUAAAUAUGGAUAUUGAUAAUAAGGUUUUAUUAAGCUGUGCACCUGCAUGGGAGCAUCCUGAUGCAAAGAAGUUACAAGAUGAAGGUUUCAGUUUAACAGAGAUAGCAGAUUUAAUACCAUGGAGAGAUCAUUGGAUGCAAGCUAUUUACUAUUUACCUGUAGAGACUCCAGUUACUACUAAUAAUGAAGUUAGCCUGAUUGGCUACCAUGACGAAUAUUCAUUAUGGUUUCAACUUAUAAAUAAAUCAGUAAAUGAAAUACCAAAUUGUGAAAGACCUAUUUGCAGUUGUAGUAUUCAUGUUGCUUACUGCAGGACACGUAUAGGGCAAUUGAAUGAUCAAAAACGAAAUGAUAAAUAUAUUAAAGCCUUAGAAAAGAAAAUUACAUCAGAUACAGUUUGUUUAUGUCUUUCAGACGGUAGCUUAUUAGGUUUAGCAGCAAUUAAAUUGGGUGCAAAAAAGAUAUUCAUUUUAGAGACAAACUUCUUAUCUAGGAAAAGUAUGGAGACAUUUAUUCAAGCUAACGGUCUUACAGAAAAAGUUGAGAUUAUUCGAUCAAUAAAUGAUUUACCGUCAGAAAAUACGAUAAAUUUAAUUUUUGGUGAACCGUAUUUUAUUACGUCAAUUGUACCAUGGGAAAACCUUUAUUUCUGGUAUCUUAUUUCAAGAUAUUCUUCUAACAUACAAAGGAUUCCGAUUGGCAUGACGUUAAUGGGUGUUGUAGUUGAAUUUAAAGAUUUACAUAAAAUACGAGCACCGCUUGGAAUUUGUGAAGACUUUGAUUUAUCUAGCUUUGAUAAACUUAUACAGAUGUCAAGUGAUAAAAGUGACAGUCCAAUAGAAGCUCAACCAUUGUGGGAAUAUCCUGCUAAAGCAUUAAGUUUGCCUUUUGUCAUUAAAGAAUUUGAUUUGACAAACAGUGUCACUGAAUACGAAAAUAUAAAUAUUUCAAACACUGUGCCUAUUUUAGAGAAUGGGAUGUGUAAUGGCGUAGCGUUAUGGGUCAAUUGGCAUUUGGAUUCCGAGAUUACAGUAUCGACUGGACCUACUGCGGAAAUACAACCUGGUAAACGGAUAUCGUGGGAUCCGUUUACAAGGCAAGGUGUACAUUUAUUUAGAGACAUAACAAAUGUUACGCAACAGAAUAUUCUUUUAUCAUUAUUUAGUUUUAUACCACAACAUGGAAAUGUUAAAUUUGAUUUUCAAAUAUUGUCAAAGAAUGUAAAAUAA